AUGGCCACCUACACCAACGAUGACGACACCGCCGGCGUGCCGCAAGCCCCAGGCGAAGAGCACACCGAGCUACUCUCAUUCCUGCAAUACUUCGAGACGCUAUUCAUAAUCGACGACUCGACGCACAUGAAGCGUCAAUGGAGCGACGUGUCAUCACUAAUCCAAGCCGUCGCGCCUAUCUGCCUUAAAUACGACGAGAACGGGAUCGAUAUCUACUUCAUCAACCAUAGACCGACGCUGUACUUCCCGGGCAUGCACGUCCGCAAGUCCGGGUACAACCACAUCGGCCAGGUGCACAGCGACAGCGGCAAGAGGGACAGCACGCAAGCCAUCUUCCGGAACGUUAAGCCGGGAGGGAAAUGCAAGCUCGGUGCGCGCCUAGGCAAGCUGCUGUCUUGGUACAUUGAGCAGCUGAAAGCGGACCCGCAGCGCGCUCCCCUCAACAUCAUCGUCAUCACGGCGGGUAUCUCCGACGAUGACUUCGCCGGCCCGUUAACGACGGCUGCGAGGGAACUCGAUAAUAUGAAGGCGCCGCUGCAUCAGCUAGGCGUCAUGCUGUUCCAGCUCGGCGACGAUGAGGAGGCGCGGAAGAAGUUCGAGCAUGCGGAUGAUGAGCUGUGGCAGAAGGCGGGUACACGGGAUAUCGUCGAUACUGUCUCUUGGCGCGGCUGGCCCGCGAGCUUUGGGUCCGAUGAUAUGGUUAAGGCUGUCUUGGGCGCUGUGUCGAAGAAGAUGGACGGUGCGAAACCAGCACUAGUGGGGACUGUGCCGCCGGAGCGAAGAGAGACUACUAUUUAA